UUGAUUUAAUUGUAGAUCACGGGUUCGAGUUCAGCAGUUGUUUUUUUUAACUAUUUCAGAUUUUUUUCCCACUAAUACUGCAUUUUUGACUUAAUAGUUUCCAUUUUUACGGUGUGAUAUCUUGCAUCCCGACUUUAUGCCUUUAAUCCCCCGAUUUCAUUUAACUUGGGAAAUGUAACGUGUUCGAUGAAAGCAGUGCACUGUGACGUCAUAUUAGCUGCGAUUUUCUUUAAAAACUAAUCAACAAAACGUACAAAAAUAUGAGAAAGUUUGUAAAAACGUUUGUGGUACUUUCUUAUUUGUUUUAUCUACUGGGUUGUCCUUGAAGUAUACCGCAGCGGUGACAUUUUUCCAGAAGCAUUUACGGGUAAUACUCAUCUUUUUUUUUUUUUUUUUUGGAAGAACCACGUGACUCGAAUAAUUGGAGCGAGCUCGUCGUUCCACGUUUUGUGUCGCAAGUGACCUAUUUUGUCAUAAUGAACAAGAAUUAAUAGCAAUAAGCUCAUUCUCGAAAGAUUGAAACAUUUGGAAUCCGGUUUGAGUUGAUUUGAAAUCCAUAUUAAUUGGAAUUGGAUUAAUUGAAUAAUGAUAUGGUUUCUUAAAACGGCAGAUGAAGGUCGCAAACGGGUUAACUAGCGGGCCGUGCAAUAGAUGGUGUGGGGAAUUAGAAGUGCGCUGUGAAUGACAUCGAGUGACGCUGGACACGGGGAUUUCGGACGAUGAAAUUGGGCCGAUUUGCUCUGACGGUGGUUGCAUCUUUGAGCUUUACUCUGAAUAUACUAUUUUAUUUAAGCGGUGCUGCAAAAAAUCUUGCCCAGUCCCAAGAAAGACAGUGGGUAUUAAAUAACACCAGUACCCAGUCUUACCAAACUGGGUUUAAACUUGACAUAACGUCUGGAUUUCCCAUCAACCACCCCGAGGCGUGCCGAGGAGAUGUCGAUCUCAUAGUGGUUGUUUGUUCCAGUCUUCACAAUUUCAAAGUGCGAGAAUUCGUUCGGAAUUCAUGGGGAAGGUAUUCGAAAAACGAGUUUUAUAAAACUCGGCUUGUGUUUCUAGUAGGCACAGGAGACAGAGCCGAUAUGGAGAAAGUCCAACGGGAAAACGGUCUUCACAAGGACAUUAUCCUCGGGGGCUUUGUGGAUACCUACAGGAAUCUUACGAUUAAAUCUGUAUUCAUGCUAAAAUGGAUUAGCAGCUAUUGUGCAAAUGCGAAAUAUGGAUUAAAAGCUGAUGAUGAUGUGUUCGUUAACAUUCCUAACUUGAUUUCAGCCAUGAAUAUUAAACGACAAAAGCUGGACAAGUUCAUUAUUGGUAGUAAGCAGAUUGGUGCUAAGCCCAUUCAAGACAAAAAUUCCAAAUGGUAUACCCCGAAACAUGACUUUGGAGAGAAAGUUUACCCGCCAUAUGUGUCUGGCCCAGCGUAUGCCUUCACAGUAUCAGCUGCAAAAACUCUGCACAGUGUCACAAGCAUGGAAGAACCUUUUUGGUUAGAAGAUAUUUACAUCACGGGUCUCUGUGCUCGUGCCGCCGGAAUCCCAAGAUUUGAACACAGUGGGUUCACCUACCAGAAAAGAGACCCAACGGGGUGCGCGUAUCAACGAAAAAUUUCUGGACAUUAUGUCACAGGAGACGAGAUGCUGAAAAUAUUUCGAGAACUCGUAGAUAGGGACCUUACAUGUAAAUAAGUUGAAUGCUCGAAGUUUACGGUUAUAAAAAUUACAUUCCUCCUCACAUUCUAUAUAUACACAUCAUCAUAGUUCAACGUUCCUUGUGAUAUUUUUAACACAUUCUGUUCAUUACGAUCCAGAAAAACCGUGGUUAUAAGCCAACAUCUUGUUUAUCUGAAUUUAAUAUUGGUGGGAAAAUAGAGGCCAUCAAGGCAUGCUGACCCCACAACAGUUUCUUAUCUCUUGUAGGAAUUUUUUGUCAAGAAGAUUUGAACUAGAAAUGGCUCCGGGUUGAUUUGGUGCUACAUCAAUACCAGAGUAGUAAUUACUCCGAUAAGAAGUCGACCCAUUAUCUUCUCUAUAUCAAUCCUCCGUUAUUUCUGGAAGAUGUAUAUUCUAGUUUACAAUUAGAUCUACACAAAGGCUGUGAUAUAAAGUUAUUUCUUCUGUUAAAAUUAUUAAAUAAAUUAUUUCAUCAAAUUA